CAACAACAGGCUCCCUCUCUCUCUCGACUCUUCCCUCCUCUUCUUCUACUAUCACAUCACCUGCAUUCUUCCUCCCUCACAGCGCCUGCGUCGCAUCCUCUCACCUUCCACCCUCCCACCCAUCUUGUCUACGGCUUUGCGCCGACCGCGCCCGCUCGUGCGAAAUCGUUGAGAGCGCCGCCCGACUAGGCACCACGCCGACGACGCUCGCCGGAACAAUUCUGCAAGAGCCCGGAACCCCCGCGACCCACGCGCGCGCAAACACUCCGCGACCAUGACGAAGCCCAGAAGAGACGUCAAAUUCCAGCACCGCGAGCACCGGGGCAGCGGCAGCAGCGGUAAGGGGCGGCGACAGAGCAUGUCGGAAAUCAGCGAGACGGCGUCAGACGCCGGAAGCCCCAACAAGGACGGCACCCUGUCGCAGCCAGAGAAGCAAGCUCCGCCGCCGCAAUCCGACUAUGAGAAGAAGAAACAGACAUUCAUCACCCGCACCAUAUGGACUCUCAUCAUGAUCGCCACCUUCUUUGGCUCCAUGUUCGCCGGCCACAUCUACAUCAUUAUCAUUGUCACUGCUGUCCAAGUCAUCUCCUUCAAGGAAGUCAUUGCCAUUUCCAACGUCCCCAGUCGCGCCCGGAGCUUGCGCUUCACCAAAAGCCUGAACUGGUAUUUCCUGGGCACCACCAUGUAUUUCCUCUAUGGCGAGAGUGUCAUUUACUACUUCAAGCACAUCAUUCUCGUCGACAAGGUCCUCUUGCCGUUUGCGACGCACCACCGCUUCAUCAGCUUCAUGCUCUACGUGACUGGAUUCGUCUUCUUUGUUGGUUCCCUCCAAAAAGGCCACUACAAAUUCCAAUUCACCCAAUUUGCGUGGACGCACAUGGCUCUUUACCUCAUUGUGGUCCAGGCCCACUUUAUCAUGAACAACAUCUUCGAGGGCAUGAUCUGGUUCUUCUUGCCUGUGUCUCUAGUCAUCACCAACGAUAUCUUCGCUUACAUCUGCGGUAUCACCUUUGGCAGGACGCAACUGAUCAAGAUCUCGCCCAAGAAGACGGUUGAGGGUUUCGUCGGAGCCUGGAUCUUCACCAUUCUGUUCGGCGUUGGCUUGACCAACAUCAUGAUGCGGUCCAAGUACUUCAUUUGCCCUGUCAACGAUCUCGGUGCAAACCUUUGGACUGGUCUCCAGUGCGACGUCAACCCCGUCUUCAUUCCCCACACGUACCAACUCCCCAUGGUCCCGCCUCACUGGACGCACAUUCCCAGCACCAUAACCAUCGCGCCGAUGCAGUUCCAUAUUCUCGUCUUUGCGACUUUCGCCUCGCUCAUUGCACCAUUCGGCGGCUUCUUCGCGUCCGGUCUCAAGCGCACCUUUAAGAUCAAGGACUUUGGCGACUCCAUUCCCGGCCACGGCGGCAUGACGGACCGCAUGGAUUGCCAGUUUAUCAUGGGCUUCUUCUCCUUCAUGUACUACUCGAGCUUCAUUGCUGUGCACAAGGCCAGCGUCGGUGGUGUCAUCGAGACGGCAAUCAACGGGUUGACGCCCGCGCAGCAGAUUGAGGUGGUCAAGGGGUUGAGCAAGCAUCUUGUCAACCAAGGAGUUAUUCCGCAGCAGGUGCUCGAAUACCUGUCUGGUGAGCUGAAGAGACGGUAAGAAGAUUUACAACUAUCAGUAAACACCCGAUCUUGUUCUUCUGUCGACAUCCGGUCUCAGUGCCCACUCCCGGUCGAGAAAAGGGAGCAAUCAAAGGCGCCGAGACCGCGCGACGCGGCUUCGCAUCUUAUCUGCAUGUAAUCUUAUCUCUUCUUUGUUCAACACAACAACCCUUCUUCCUGCGGCAGGUGGCGACCGGCUGCUCAUUUUACGAACGGGGCCCCGUUUUGCGGGCUAUAUGACGCUCCCCAUUCCUUCGGCAGCAAGGAAAUCAUGACGGCGGAGUUCUGUUUCUGAUUCGCAUGGGCGGCUUUUUGGGACGGCUGCCGGAGCUGCAUUUGAUGGAUGGUUAAUAGGUGGGGUUGUAACAGUGGUGUUUGUGAGAGUGGUUGGUGUUGUGAGACUGUCUCUAGUGUGCGGGCGGUAGGUGGGAAGA